AUGAGAGAGCUGCUGCGUAAGAACAUUGUCCGUGGCCGAGGCCUACUGGCACGAUCCAUCAUCCAAGCACAGGCAGCCUCACCGACGUUCACACCGGUUUACGCAGCGUUGAUAGCUAUAAUCAACUCCAAGUUCCCACACAUAGGCGAGCUGGUGCUGAAACAUUUGAUUUUACUGUUCAAACGAGGCUUCAAGAGGAACGACAAGCUGCUCUGCAUUUCCGCAGCGACAUUUAUAGCACAUCUGGUCAAUCAACGGAAGCAUGUUGGAGUAAGCGACGCGAACAAACCUCAUAACUCUGGAGAUCUUGACUCUGUUACUGGAAACACCGACGGACGAUUCAUACUGAACGUGUUUAAGUUCGAGGCGGAUUACCUUGCCAACGAGGAGAAGUACAAAGAGUUGAGCAAGGAAAUUCUUGGCUCGGACGACAGUAACUCGGAGGGUGAUUACAAGGACGGCGAGGAGGAAAGUUCAGAGGAAGACAGCGGCACGGAACAGGCUGAAGGAAAGGCAGCCGUGAUAACCGAUGACACGGAAACAAAUCUAACUGCUCUACGGCGAACCAUAUACCUGACGAUACAUUCGUCUCUUGACUUCGAAGAGUGCGCGCACAAGCUGAUGAAGAUGCAGCUGAAACCCGGUCAGGAAAUCGAGCUCUGUCACAUGUUUCUGGACUGUUGCGCGGAGAUGCGCACGUAUGAGAAGUUCUUCGGCCUCCUGGCUGGCCGAUUCUGCGCCAUCAACAAGAUAUACGUGACGCCUUUCGAGCAGAUCUUCAAAGACUCUUAUCACACGAUACACCGUCUCGAUACCAACAAGCUGCGUAACGUGUCGAAAUUCUUCGCGCAUCUGCUGUUUAAAGACUCCAUAUCGUGGAACGUACUAUCGUGUAUAAAAUUGAACGAGGAGGACACUACUAGUUCCAACAGGAUAUUCAUCAAGAUUCUGUUUCAGGAACUAUCCGAGUACAUGGGUUUGGCAAAAUUGAAUGAACGACUGAAGGAUGUGACGUUGCAGGAAGCGUUUGAGGGUCUGUUCCCCAGAGACGAUCCAAAGAAUACACGUUUCAUUUAUUGCUUUAUAAAACUUACUAAGAUUUAUUAA